AUGGUAAACAUCGUUUUUCAUGAAUAUGCAGUUGCAGAGGAUGAUCCACUGCCAGCCAUAGAUGGGCUAAGAAUUACAGGUGAAGCUUUUCCUGGAAAAGAACUUCAAGCAAGUGGGUAUUCCAUCAACGGGACCACGAGUUGUAAUUUUGAGUGGGUACGCCAUUUGGAAGAUGGAUCGGUGAAUUACAUAGAAGGUGCAAAACAUCCCACAUAUUUAGUUACUGCUGAUGAUGUGGACUCUUUACUAGCCAUAGAGGUCCAGCCUCUAGAUGACCGGAAAAGAAAGGGGGAGAUUGUGAAGGUUUAUGCUAAUGAGGAGAGAAAAAUUACAUGUGAUCCAGAAAUGAAGGAGCUCAUCAAGAAAAUUCUUUCCGUUGGGCAUGUGUCGUAUGAAGUUCUACUACCUGUUAGAUUUAUAGAUAUGUGGGAACCUGCGGUAUUGGCCAUAAAGAGGGAAGGCUAUAGAAUCAAGUCUAAUGGACAAUGUGGUGUUGUUAUCACAGAGAAGUUCCAGCAAGCUACAGCUGUAUGUUUCCAAAAAACCAUUUCCCUUAAAAUUACUCUCUAGCCUCUGGUUAUAUUGUGCUACAGCUGCAAGAUAACCAAGUAUUUGCAUUGUCUGCAUGGAAUUUAAAUCAUCAUACUAUUCCACAGAAAGUACUUUGGUAAGAUUCCAUGUGUUUAGUAGGUUUCCUGAAUGUAACAAGAGUGACUGGUCAGAUUAGGAGGUCAGGCCGCACUAAACCAAACACUUCCUUGUGUGUGGUUGGGGAUAGUAAUUAUUUCCUAGCUUUCCUUAUACAUGACCAUACUUGUGGUUGU